AACCAAACCAAUAACCAAGUUCCAUUUCCCCAAUCCAACCAACCUUUCACUUUCACUUUCAUUUUUUUACAUCUUCAAAUGAAUGUGCCGCUUAUAGUUAAUAAUGGUGUAAUUAGUACUGUAAUUUAAGGACAUUUUAAGUUAUAGUAACAUUCACUCUGAGAUUAAUUAAGGAACCAUGGAUCCCUCAGAGUCAACAUCUGCAAACAGCAAUAAGAUUGUUAAAGGAUAUCAAACAAUAGACUUUUCAAGUGCAGAGAAAGAAGAACCCUUUGAGGUAUACGCAACAGAUGUAGCGGUGAUACCUAGUCAAGGCACUCAUGACACGGGUAGCUCCAAAGUCAAACUGCACAAUAUGGUGGAUUACACCUGGGAGGAAAGGUUCUACACUGGUCAACUACUAGCAGUUCACAUGAGUGGAGUCUAUAUAGCCUAUGGCUUGAAAGCUGCAAGACAAAGGGCUGACUCUGUGAGAGUGGCUAACCGAAAUACUGAUCUCAGAACUCUUAUUAAAGGGUUUUCCGGUGCUGUACAAGAUAUAUCCUUCUCUCAUAUUCCUGAUGAAGUAGUCCUUGCUUGUGUGGACAUGGCAGGAAAUUUGUUGAUUCAUAAGGUUUUGGAAGAAAAUCAACCAAUACCUUACCUAUCCUGUGAACUUAUCUUACACAUAGAACCCGAUGAAACAUACAUACCUCAGUUAGGAGACUUCUACAGAGUGAUUUGGUGCCCCUAUAUUCUAGAUCUGCCAGACUCAGAAGAAGAGGAACUGGAUCCUAUAGAGGAUGUUUGUUGGCUCUUGGCACUAUCUAGAGGCAAGAAGGUUGAGUUGUGGAAUGUAAAAAUGGUAACGGAUGGCAAUGAAAGUAAAAAAGUAAAACCUGGACAGGUAGAAUCAGGCUAUCUAGAAAUUACCGAACAUACUAAACCCAUUGUGGAUGCAGCUUUUUCCCCUGACGGUACUGCCAUAGCUACUGCUAGUUUGGAUGGUGAUGUUAAGUUUUUCCAAGUUUACAUGCAAAAUGGGAAAAAGCCUAGAUGUUUACACCAGUGGAAACCCCACAGAGGAGAGCCUGUGUCUUCAUUGUUCUUCCUAGACAAUCACAAAAAUUAUAACCCAGAAAUUCAGUUUUGGAAAUUUGCUAUUACUGGUGCUAACAACAAUUCAGAAUUGAAAGUAUGGAGUUGUGAAUCAUGGACUUGUCUGCAGACAUUAGCAUUCCAGGUUAGUCCUGACACUCAACUCAAAUUGAAUGCUGGAUUAGAUUUGACAUCUGGAUUUUUAGUGUUAUCAGAUUUUCAUCACAAAAUCCUGUAUGUGCUACAGUUGUACACUAAUAGCGAAACAUCUGCAGCAAUAAUAUCAAUUUCAGAGUUCCUCUUACCUUAUACUAUACUGAGCUUUGGAAUUGUAGAUGCUGGACUACAACGUUUCAAAUCUGACAGAUUAGAAGAAUUGUGUGAAGAUAAAAAUGACGAAGAAGGUACACCAGGCAUUUUGGUGAAAAUGUAUUUGGUACAACCUAAAUCACUGCAAGACUGUCAAAUAGCUUAUCUACCUCCCAAACCUGGCUCUGUUAAUAGAACAGAAUUACUGCGUCAGGAGAAACACACAUACCAUGAUAAUUUGACUGAUUUGAAUGUAAAUAUUACUAAUGGGGAUUUGAAUUCACCCAAUCAGAAUUUGAAAGAGUUACCAGCAAAUCACUGUUCCUUACAACUGAACCUGAUGACGCCAGAUGCCUUUAAUUCUCCUGUAAAACACGACUCUUCUGGUUCUUCACUAAUUAACAAAUCUGUUAAUGAGGAAGCUAGCUAUUCUACUUCAACAACUCUAGUAGCAAGCCCGCAUUCACUAGAUGAAACUGACAACAACCUACUAACUGGCGGAGCAGAAGGAGCAAUAGCAAUGGGUUUUGCGAGUGGUGGAAGUAGCCCUAGUAGAGAAGUUCAAGAGAUUUUAGGAGAGGGUAAAUGUUUCUAUCAAGAAACUGACGAUAUUCAGCCAGAACAAGAGCAAGUCACGCCACCCGAACAAAAAACAGAUUCAGCUGUCUGGCCUGAAAUUCCUAUGCUUAGAGCUACUGAAGUUAGAAAGAAUGAGGAACAAGCCCGUAGAAGUGUAAUUCAAGGCGACUGUAGUGGUGGAGGAGGUGAUAAUGAAUUGUGGAAAGUGAAUCAAAGGCUUGAGAACUCAGUAAGUACCAUGAUCCAUGCAAUGAAUUCUGUGCUGGAAGCUUUUGAAGAACAAGCGGCUGAAGUAAAGCUUUUAAGGAAAGAAAUACACCAGUUAAAUUUGUUGCGAGAAAUAGAAAAAAUUAUGACUCGCAACUCCCAAACACAGACUCUACAUUUAGAAAAUGUUCUUGCAUCAAAAGAUAACACACAACAACAUGAAGCUUUGGCGGCAAACAUUUCCCAAUCGGUUAUUUCUUUCCUAUCUACCCAAUUUCUUGACUCUGUAAAUAAAGAAAUUACAAAGACCGUUGUGCCGACAGUGAUGAACCAGAUGGAGGCGCUAAAACACCAAGUUCAUAUUGAACUUACUCAAAAGUUAAGUACAACCGACCAUUUACUAAAAGAAAAUAUUUCAAAACUCGUUCAUAGUAAGUCGGUGAUGGAUGUUUUGAGUACAGCUAUAGUUUCCUCCAUUACUCCUGUUAUAACUCAAUGCUACAAGGAGUAUUUCAGCUCUGUCGCCUUGCCUGGCUUUGAAAAGUCGUGCAAUACAAUGUUCAGCCAAAUAAACGAUAUUUUUGCCAAAGGCUCAAAAGAAUUUGUGGUGAAUCUCGAUGCUCAAACCAGACGGGUUUUGGAGAAGAACAACGAUCAAAGCGCUCAGUUGCAAGCAGUAGCGGAGAUGUUGAAGACUAGUACCAACCAGAUGGGGAUGGAUUUGAAGAAAAAUGUAGCAAGCAUCGAGAAGAAUAUAUUAGAGGCUGUGACUCGAGCACUGACUCUCCAGCAAGCAACUCUAGAAGGCAGUGUGAUAGCUGCUGUUAGGUCUCGAGCAGUCACUCCAGCUCCACAUGUGAUAGACACUCAACUACAGCAGACCCAACUGUUACAACUCAUCAGCCAGGGACAAGUCAACACAGCCUUCCAACAGGCACUGUCAGCCUCAGACUUGGGCCUGGUUGUGUUUAUUUGUGAGAAUGUCAACCCACAACAGCUGUUCAGUCAAGUCCCCUGUCCUCUGCAGCAACACGUUCUGUUGUCUCUGGUACAACAACUGUCGGCCGACAUGAACAAUAAUACGGAGAUCAAGCACAAGUAUCUGGAAGAAGCUUUAAUGAACCUAGACAUCAACAACAGUGUGACUCGGGAGCAUCUGCCGGCCGUGUUGAGCAAUCUACAGCGGCAACUGCAGCUGUACAUCUCCAGCAACCCCAACAAUAGAAUCACUAGGAGCCUCAAACUGCUCAUGAUGGCCUCCCAGUCCCUACUGUCAUCCACCAAACCUCAUUAACUGGCAGAUUUUACAAGAAUCGACUUAUUACUAACAUUCCGAAUGUUCUCUUCUGACAAUCAUGGGAAAGAUAUGGAUUUCACACUGUUUCAAUCCAGCUUUGUAAAUAGAAAAUAUCCUUUGUAUCUUGACUUGCCAGAUCAAAAUAUGCAUAAACAAAAAUUUUGAAAAAGAUCUUUAAUUUUGACCAGAC